CAGCGGGCAUCUGCCAUCAGAUCAUCAUCACCCUCCUCUUCUGCAUCUUUUCGACCUGCAACCUGACUUGGAUUAAUCAUUGUUUUUGCGUUAUCAGUAUAGCACACAGUAGGAGCAACCAUGUCUCACGGAUGGGGAUACGGACCAACUAACGGACCUGACAAAUGGGGAGAAGAAUUUCCUGUAGCUAAUGGGACCAGGCAGUCUCCCAUCAACAUUGUCCCGAGGGAGGCCCAUUAUGACCACACUCUGAAGGCUCUAAAACUCAAGUAUGACCCCUCCAACUCCAACGGCAUUCUCAACAACGGACACUCCUUCCAGGUGGACUUCGUGGAUGACACAGACAGUUCCACCCUGACUGGAGGUCCUAUUUCUGGAACUUAUCGUUUGAAGCAGUUUCAUUUCCACUGGGGAGCCAGUGACGACAGAGGCUCAGAGCACACUGUCAACGGCAUCAACUUUCCCUGUGAGCUUCAUCUGGUGCACUGGAACACUAAGUACCCUAGCUUUGGCGAGGCUGCCAGCCAGCCUGAUGGACUCGCAGUGGUUGGGGUCUUUCUCAAGAUUGGUGCUGCCAACCCCAGGCUUCAGAAAGUUCUGGAUGCCUUGGAUGCUAUUAAGACUAAGGGAAAGCAGACCACCUUUCCAAACUUUGACCCAAAGACUCUUCUUCCGGGUUCUCUGCAUUAUUGGACCUAUGAUGGCUCUCUGACCACGCCUCCCCUGUUGGAGAGUGUCACCUGGAUCGUCCUCAAGGAGCCAAUCAGUGUCAGCUCUGCACAAAUGGCCAAGUUCCGCAGCCUCCUCUUCACUGGAGAAGGAGAAUCUCCAUGCUGCAUGGAGGACAACUACCGGCCUCCUCAGCCUCUGAAGAACCGUAAGGUCCGCGCCUCCUUCAAAUAAGCCCUGCUUCAUCUUCAUAGCUUCCUUGCCCCCUUGGGGCUUAUCCUUCCCUCCUUUCCUGAACCUUCUUACUCCCAUUUUUCUCCAUAUGCAGUCUGUACUUAGCUUGUAUUAGCCCUAUUGACAUUAACUUCAAAAGUAGAAACCUCUGCUUACACUUUUUAUGACAUACACUUCCUGGAUGUAUCUUGAAUCAAAUAACUUUGAGCAUUUUUUAAGCUUUGACACUAUUAAGACAUUGGCCCCAUUUACACUUUUCAAUUUGAGUGUUUUAUAUCCAGAUAAAAUCCACUCCACCCUCUCGUCCAAAUAAGGCCACUUCCGGUUUAAAAAAACUCUACAAACCAAUGGGUGACGUCACUGUUGCAACGUCCAUGUAAACACGUUUUACAGUUUAAGAAUGAGACAGAACCAUGGCUAAUUUCAGUGUCAUUUUUGUGUAACUUUAACUGCCGUUUACACGAGGACAGAGACAGAAUAUUGAUUUAUUUUAAAAUAAUCUGACAGUGAGUGGCUAUUUUCACAGACUUCUCACUGACAUAGGUAACUCUGUGGGAGUAGUAAAUAUUGUGUAUGUGUCCUGGAGAUGGAGCUAUAAUGCACUUCAAACUACCAAGAUCCGAUAUACCAAGACGCAUUUAGUGACUAUAUGUAAAUGGGGUCAUAGAUUGGGCACUUGUGUGCCACUCAGAAAUAUUACAUACGCAUUUUCCACUUGGUCAGACACUGCCUUAGCACAAAAAAUGAUAGCCUAAGAAUGUUAGUCUAUAUCAGCUAACACAGGUUCCAAGGGACUAGUGAUCUACUGAAAUUGUCACAACUACUAACACUGGAACAGGUAUUGUUACCCCUGUUCUUGUUUUGUUUGUAACAUGUUAUGCAACCCAUUUUCUCUGGUCACUUUAUAACUAAUAAUCUAAAUUAUUUUCUUAUUUAUAAGAGUAUAAUUUUCAAUCAACAGUAAUAUACUUUUUGUUAGCAUUGUUGUACUGAAGUGAAAAAAUGGGAUGAUGUGUGCUAUAUUCUACAAUUAUAGGCAAAGGCACAAAAAACUACAAGUAAUACAAAAAUAAUGAUAAUUUCUCCGUACUUUUUUAAAAUAUAAGUAAUAUGCUUUGCCUUGUUUGACAAUGAAAGCCUUUAUUAACUUACGGAAGCUUCUUGCUAUGCAUUCCAUGCAUUUAUUGUGUUGUGAUAUUGUGCUGCAGACAGCUGCUCAGAUUGUCAAAGCUUAUGUUUUUAUCGAUGCCUUAUUUUUGUCAGUUUGAGACAAAGUGAUCAUACUGAGUUUGGCCAUAACGUCUCGCCCUGGUGACUAUAUAUUUGUGCACUGUGGCAACCACCCAUCCAUUGGCACUUCUAUACAAGUAGGAUUUUUAGAUCAUCUCAUGAUGGCAAUGCUAUGGAAUGCUCCAGUAUGUUGUGAAAGACAGUCCUACCUAUUGGCUGAUUGUUCAGCCUCAGGCCAUGUCUACACUAAUGCAUGUAAAAAGAAAAAUGUGACGAUUGUUGUCUGUGUUGGGCU